UCCAGAGGCUGCCCUUGAGCCAUUUACAUUCGCAAGCAAUAAUAGUCCUCUUCCUUGUAUGUGCUUUUGAGAAUCAGACACUACGCUACUCGCAACAUCAGGCAAGAAGCAGAAUUUGCUGAGAAUGGCAUCCGUGACCAUGACAGCCUCGUUCCUAGCUGGCUCGUCCUUGGCCAAACAACCCAUAACGACCCCACGCAGAGGGCUGAUCGUGGCUAAGGCCUCAAGAGCCACUGAGGAGGAAAGGGUCAGUGUGGAGAUGAAGAAGAAGGAAGAAAGCAGCAGUGGGAGGAGGGAUUUGGUGUUUUCAGCUGCAGCAGCUGCUGCUGCGUUCUCCAUUGCCAAAGUUGCAAUGGCUGAGGGUGAGCCUAAGGCGGGAACCCCAGAAGCUAAGAAGAAGUAUGCUUCUAUCUGUGUGACAAUGCCUACUGCUCGUAUCUGCCGCAAUUGAGGGAAUCUUUAUGUGUUCUUUAUAUGCAACGUUGAUUGAUGUUUAGAUUAAUGUAAAAGUGUUGUAUCCACUUAUGUCUUUUCAUUGGACAAUCCUCUUUGCUAUA